AUGGAUCGUAGUUGCAGCAGCGUCAUUUUAAGGAGCGAUAGCACUCCUUUGGAGGAUUUGAAACUGCAGCAUAACAUCUUAAAAAAUAAUACAAUUGUGUCGGAAAAAAAUGCCACAUUGCUCGUCGAAUCUUUACAUUUAACUGCUUAUUUGUUACUUUUGGGCGAUAGGAGUGACUCACAGCUUAUUGACUACUUCGUGAAGAGCCGUAUGUUGAACAAUUGGAUACACCUUAUGCGGCAGAAGAACCGAAAUCAAAGUUGGAAUUCGGUAUCCGUAAAGUUCCUCCAAACGUUCAGUACACUGUGCUAUAACAUACGCAAGGAGGCCUUCUUAGCUCAUCUAUUGUCCGAAGUAAACGUUAUUAUAAGGCUGGAAUACAAUUUCUCUGAUGAAGACGCCAUCUUAUACUAUGUUAACUUUUUACGGAUGCUGAGCUUUCGGAUCAACAAUCAAACCAUUCAGUUCUUCUACAAUGAGCUCAUCUAUGAUUUCCCACUCUAUACGGAAGCCAUGCGAUUCCUCUAUCAUUCCGAAUCAGAGGUACGAACAGCCGUGCGUACCAUUUCGCUUAAUGUGUACAAAUUCUCGGACGCCAGCAUGUUGCGUUUUAUCGGAGAUAAAGCUGCAUUCGCAAAUUUUUACAAUUUAGUGUGGCACAUCGGAAAGCAGAUGAUGGACGUGGACAAGUAUCUAAACACCGAUACAGGCCACGAAGCGGCUCAUACGUUGUUAAAUUUGUUAGCUGAGCAUUUCGAUCAUUUGGAUUACAUCAAUGAUAUUUUGCUCCUGGAUAUCGGAGAUCUGAAAGUCAAGCUUACUAAACAUUUUUUGCACAAGCUCUUCAUUACCUUUGUCGUGCUCUCGCUGGAUCCAUCGCCACCUCAGCUGAACAGUACGAACUAUCAGAAUUUUCACAAUUCUACAAUGAGCUCCAUAACUGCCAUGUACUUUCUGUCACUCGUAUUUCUUAUCUCUGCGCAUGCGCCGUUAGUACAGGGCCUUGCUUGGGUCAUACUGAAUGGCAAUCACGAAAGUUUGGAGACGGAGUUGAAUUGUUUCAUUGAAGAAGUGUCUGCCGAGGCAUCAAAAACAACUCUGAAAGCUACGAAUACGACCACAGUUUCUAAGCCAUUUCUAGACUUUAUUUUAAGGUCCUUGGAAUGUAGCCAAAAUGAUCAUAAAGCUAUGCCAGCUUUGUGUCUUCUUUUCACCAUGCACACAAAUAGAGGUAAGCACAUUAAAAGCAAACAAAACUUGGCCUAA